AUGCAAUUUGCUAUAACCGAAGAACAGCAGGCCAUUGUAGAUAUGGCUCAGCGAUUUACAGCAGACGAAAUCACCCCGCACGCUGCACACUGGGACGAACACCAUGUCUUUCCCCUGGACACCCUGCAUAAAGCCGCAGCACUGGGCUUUGGCGGUAUUUAUGUGGACGAAGAGCAUGGCGGCAGUGGCUUGACCCGGGUUGAAGCAGCCCUGGUCAUGGAGGCGAUGGCAUAUGGGUGUGCCAGUACCUCUGCUUUCAUCUCCAUUCACAAUAUGGCUGCCUGGAUGAUUGAUGCGUUCGGGCGCGAUGAGUUACGGGCUAAAUAUUUACCCAGUCUGACGCAGAUGAAUCUGAUCGCCAGCUAUUGCCUUACCGAACCCGGCGCAGGCAGCGAUGCCGCCUCGCUGAAGACGUCAGCCACGCUGGAUGGCGAUCAUUACGUGAUUAACGGCGGCAAAGCAUUUAUCUCUGGUGGCGGCGUCAACGAUAUCUAUCUGGUCAUGGCCAGCACCGAUCCAUCUAAAAAAGCGCGUGGCAUUUCCUGUUUCGUGGUUGAAAAAGACACACCUGGGCUGAGCUUCGGGAAACCUGAAAAGAAGCUGGGCUGGCAUUCGCAACCCACAACUGCAGUAUUAUUUGACGACGUCCGGGUGCCUGCCCAGAACAUGGUCGGCAACCCCGGUGAUGGGUUCAAAAUUGCCAUGCAGGGGCUGGAUGGUGGACGCAUUAACAUUGGCGCCUGCUCGCUCGGUGGCGCUCAGCGCUGCCUUGACGAUGCAGUGGAAUAUGUCAAAGCACGCAAUCAGUUCGGCCAGCGCAUUGCAGACUUCCAGAAUACACAGUUCAUGCUGGCGGAUAUGCGCACCCAUUUGGAGGCUGCACGUGCUUUGCUGUAUAUCGGAGCUAACAAGGUUUCCGAAAACGCUGCGGAUAAAACUCAGUGGGCCGCGAUGGCUAAAUUAAUGGCCACAGAAACCGGCUCCAGGGUUGUCAAUGACGCGCUGCAGCUGCACGGUGGAUACGGCUUUUUAAUGGACUUCCCGGCUGAACGUUUUCUGCGUGACCUGCGCGUACAUGAAAUCCUCGAGGGCACCAGCCAGAUCAUGCGCCAUGUCAUCGGGCGGGACCUGGUCAGCGACUGA